AUGGACGACGACGACACCGAUGCCCCAAGCCUGUUGCAAUCCGUGCUUGCACUAUUCUCUGGAAAUCGACCGCAAAGGUCGGCAAAGCCGGCGUCACUGCAAUCACGGAAGCGCCAGGCCUGGCUUCGCGCGGAUUCAUUUAUGCAGCGUGAUGAUGUUCGCGAAGCCGACCCAGCGAGCGUCAAAAGGACUCUGCGCGCAUUCGAACAUCUUGUUCAGGACGACCCUCAUCGAGAGAUGGAUUUCUCGCCCGAGCAGAAUUUCGAACAAGAUGGAAACGAGCGGUUUCCGAAUCUUCGCCGCAUGGUCGAGAAUCCAAGUCGCGAUCCGCAUGCCGACCUAGGUGCAGCCAUUCGCGUUGGUAAGCGGGGACGGGAGUGCGACGAUGCGAUACAGGAACUUUCGCAAUUGGAGCAAGAUAGGAAGAGGCGCCGAGUUCUGCCUCGCGAAGAGCCAACUCGCGAGUCCAGCCUCGACGACCCCGAUGCCAACUUUGCCGUGCUGAUGAGGAGACAUUUGGUGUCCUUGGACAAUGCGUUGCGAAGACACUGGGUUUGUGUGUGCCAGAAGUGCUCAGGGCUGAGCGUGAGACUGUCGCUGCCACAACACAAGCAGGGGGCCAACCUCGAGUCUGAGGCCAGUUUCCAAGUCUUCUUCGGCGUACGGUCCGUACCAGCUAGUAUUCUGCAGGAGGCCAGAAUCACGGUCAAGCGCUCAUCUGACCCGAUACUGAGCAAUCAACCCGCCUUUGCCCACCACAUACUAUGCCAAAGCAUCACCGAGUCCAUCGGUCAACGAAAUUGCUUGCAUUUCGCUCUCGAGGAUGGAGUGUUUCAGAGACUUCGUCCGCAACAAAAGACAUUUGGGAGUGACCGAAUGUCAAGCACAGUAUCCUUGUCGGCCUUGUUCCAACGCCAGCAAGAACUACCUGGUGGCAAAUCGGUGCUGCCAUUCAAGGGAAGGGCAGUAUUGGCUGCUACCCUGGCUUCAGCUCUUCUUCCCUUUCUGGAGACACCAUGGCUGCAGUUCUCCUUCAAUCAUUCAAAGAUACAAUUCUUUGAGCCACGGCAGAAUGGAGAACUCCCCGACAUCACGAAACCAUUCCUGGCUCUGGAGCACGUUCCAGUCAUGCCAGCCCGCAGUACCACCGACACCGGAGAUGCCUCGAAACACAUAUUUCACCCCAACGCCAGCGUGUUAGCACUGGGCAUUCUUUUGUGCGAGCUUCACUUCUGCACACCUGUCGAGCUCAUGGCGGAAGAAACACCCGCCGCUGGAGUUCCUGGCGCCAGGAACAUCAAUGAUGAUUGCUACACCUGUCUUGAUAAGCUUCAGAUUCUGGAAGACGACGCUGGCGUCGACUACUACCUCGCCACGAAAGCAUGCCUUACUGGGGAGUACUAUCCAAUCGGGGAGCAAGUUGAGUUUGACGAUGUUAUUGUCCAGCGGCUCUUCUACCAGAACGUCGUCAAACGACUUGAAAACGUGAUCUUCAAGGCAUGGGGCAUUCGAUUAGGGGAUCUGGGUUCAUCCGACGCUCGAAGCAACGAGUCAUGUUGGGGUCCUAUCGGUCGGGAGGUUGUCCGCCUCCACGCGGGUCAGGUCGAUUCCCAGAUGGCAAACGAUGCCUCUGCAAGGGGAACCUGGCAUCGAUCAAUGUCUACUGACAGCGCGCCUGUGAGCUAUCUCCACUCGGAUAUGGUGCUACGGCUGUCGGGACAGCCUUCUCCGGGACCACAAGCCCAAGGACACCUUGCCAAGCCUUCAGGGAAGAGCUUGCAUUUCUUUGAUGCAAGUCUCCAUAUGGGCCCAGGACCUGAAUCAGAAAAUCCCCUUUCGGAAAGAUGGAUGGACAAUUUACUAUCUUCGAUCUCUCGCUAUGUUAAUCCUGUUCUCGAUCCUGUCGAACCUGUGCGAAUAGCUAUUUUGGACUCCGGACUCGACACUACAAACCCCUUCCUGAUCGAGGAUCAACAACGAGCCAACCCACAAAUCAAGGAAGCGCUAAGUUUUGUACAUGGAACACAGCCACACGAGAUUCGAGACGAGAUCGGACACGGCACUCAUGCUCUAGGUCUUCUUCUCAAAGUUGCCCCAUGCGCUGAGAUCUAUGUCGCCAGAGCUAUUGAUCAUGCAGUGAAACAAUGGAAAGUGGACAUUAUAUCAAUGUCGUUCGGCAUCCGUGAAUAUAACGAGCCCAUGAGCAACGCUAUAGCCAACGCACUGAAUGAGCGGACGCUAUUGUUCGCGGCAGCAUCGAAUGACGGGGCGAACCUUGACAGAGCUUUCCCAGCUCAGUAUCCCGGCGUCUUUUGUAUACACUCAACCGACGGAAACGGCAACCCCUCCGAUUUCAACCCUACAGCAAGUGAAAAGGACGUCAACUACAGUCUACUUGGGCAGCAAGUCUCUUCCCACUGGCCCGCUGGCAUGAACGGACACAACCAGCCCGUCAGGUCUCUUUCAGGCACGUCGGUGGCCACACCGAUCGCCGCUGGUCUAGCUGCGUCGGUCCUGUCCUUUGUUCGUCGCCAGGAUCGGCAAGUUGCUGUAGAAAGUGAAAGACUGGGACAGUGGCUGAAAAGGGACAAUUCCAUGGACAUGGUCUUUAAUAGUAUGGUCAGACGAAGGCGGGGCCCGGGCUAUGACUACAUCACGCCUGAGAUUCUCUUCGAUAGCGGUUCGACAGAGGAGGAUGUUUAUAGGAAAAUCAGGGAUAUCAAGAGGACCAUGUACAGAUAUCAGAAGUAG